GUGCGACGCCGAAACGAGACAACGUGCUGCGAUUCCUGCCAAACUGUUUCGAACAGCCUCGGAGUGGCCAGUUAUACUCAUUGUACUCUACAGGCUGAGCACCCCCUGAUAGACGGGCCAUCAUGAGUCUCUCCAUGUUCAUACCCGUGAUGUUCAAUGAACAAUGUGACGAAAUCCAUCAGUUGUUCCUCGAAUAUGGCGCUCCUCUCGGUCCUACAGCGAAGGAGCUCGAUCCUGAGAUCAGUGAUCUGAUCCGUGUGUGCGAUGUUUGCUUCAAGAUGCCCGAGAAUGAUGCUGAAUCAGUUCUCAACGGUUUCGUGUCGAUCCUGAUCUGCAAAACAGACAACGUCGAUGACUUCAUUGGCUUCUGCAAAUGCCUCGAAGCGGCCCCCACCCCGAAAAUGCAAGAAGUAGCCUUCAAUGUACUCUAUAACUUCUUCGAAGGCCUACCUGAAGACUGUAUGAAUCGAGUCAACGUGUAUAUGUCCCUCAUAAAGCUCGCAGGGUUGACGAAGUCCGUGUCGGAAGUUUUCCAAGACGUCGCACCCCUGAAGAAAUGGCUCAAAGAGGUUCGCUGCCCGGUUGCCGAAAUGCGUGAGGUCUACCGCGCGCUCCACAAAGAGCUCCUCAACUGUCAAAUGUCCGACAUGGGACUCAAAGUCAUGGUCGAGCUGCUGAGCACUUACUCCGAGCAGGAUGCCACAGAAGCUCGGGCAGACGCCGAGCGAUGCAUCGCUGCGACUUUAGCCGAUCCGAACACAUUCCUCAUGGAUCAUCUUCUCCCGCUGAAACCCAUCAAAGCUCUCCAGGGCCAGCCGAUUCAUGAGCUUCUGAAGAUAUUUAUUUACGAGAAGGUCGCCACAUAUAAAGAGUUCUACCAACACAACAAACAGCUCGUCGACGGCCUCGGUCUCGACCACGAACGCAAUGUGGACAAGAUGCGAUUGCUCACCUUCAUGAUGAUGGCUGAGAAACAGAGAGAAAUUCUCUUCGAAGAUAUCGCCAGGGAGCUCGACGUGGUCGAUGUCGAGGCGUUCACGAUCAGCGCGCUGAAAACUAAAUUAGUUUCUGCGAAAAUCAAUCAGAUGGGAAGGAAAAUCGUAGUCAUCAGUACAAUGCACAGAACAUUCGAGAGGAACGAGUGGGAAAAACUCAGAGAAACGCUUCAGGGAUGGUUUACGCGGCUCGACGAGGUUGAACAGUGUACUUCGCAACUAAUUGACGCCCAGGGUUCGGUCUCGAAGGCUUGAAUUAGAUGCGCACAAAAUAAACUAAACUCA